UGGAAAUCAACAUACAUUUUUUUAUUUGUUUUAUAAUAUAUGUUGAAUUUUCAUUUAUUUUUAAUAUGUCAGAUCUCUAAAUGCUAUGAUAUUCAAUUACUUUAAAUAAAAUAAAAUUGCAAUGAUUAAAAUUCAAAUGGAUAUAUCAACAAGUAAUGAUGGAGGGAGAGCUAAACGUAGCAAAAUGGAAUGCAACUUUGGUGAAAGAUGUUACAGAAAAAAACCUGAACAUUUUGAGGAAUAUACCCAUUCCCACCUUAAUGAACUGCUUAAACAGAUGGGAGAUAAGAUUGUGAUCCCUCCAAAUUACAAAAGUAAAAUUAGUCAACAAACUUUAAUAGAGCAACUAGAAAUAGUUCGUAAAUUCAGAAAAUCUAAAAAUGAGUCUAAUAAUAGCAGUGCGAUUUCUAACAGUUCUAGUAAAGAAUCAACUAGUUCCCUUCGCUAUUCACCUCCUAAAGAUUUAGCAAAUAAAGAAACAGGAAAAGGACAUUCAAACAAUGGUUGCAAAAAUGAUUGUCAAAAAAAUUGUAGUCAAUGCAAAAUGUUAGAAAAUUAUAAACAGGAUGCCCUUAACAAAAUGAAAGUUUCUGUUAAGCAGAAAAUGGAGGCUGUACAUCCUUAUAAUAUAUUUUUGACAACCGUGAAAGAUUCUCCGAAGACUCAUGAAGAAUUGACAUCUAUAUCUUUUCCAGAAUUACUUGACCCAUACUUUGGAGAACUUGAAAGUUCAUUGCAAAUAAACUUCAUGGUGGAGUUGGGAUUUCUGCUUGCUCAGUAUGGGAUUAUGGGUUAUAAAUGCAAACCUCUCACUCUUUUAUAUGGCCAGUGUGAUUUCGAGCUCGGAGAUAAAUUUAAGCAUUUUCUCACUCAUGCCAAAGUGGUUCCUCCAUCUAGUUUUGGUUCCCAUCACACAAAGAUGAUGGCAUUUUGUUACAAAGAUAAGAGUGUUAGGAUUGUUGUAUCUACAGCUAAUCUAGUAGAAGAGGACUGGCUGAAUCGAACACAGGGACUUUGGAUAUCGCCUAAAUGUCCACCUCUACCACCUGACUCAGACACAGGAGCUGGUGAUAGUAUAACUAAUUUCAAACGUGAUCUUCUUCAGUAUCUGUCUUCAUACAAGUUAUCUGAACUUCAGCCAUGGCUAGAAAUAUUACGAGCUGUUGAUAUGUCUGCUGUGAAAGUAUUUUUUAUCGCUUCAGUUCCUGGAACACAUACUACAUACAGAAAUGAUUGGGGACAGUUGAAGAUGAGUAAGAUUUUGAGUGAACAAAUUGUCCAAAAUGAUGGGAAAGUGAUUGCUCAAUGUUCGUCAAUUGGAUCACUCGGACCAAAUCCGUCAUCGUGGCUUCAGGGCGAUAUGUUGUCAGUGUUUACCUCUUCAAAAAGAAAGGGUAUUUCGUCUGCUCCUCAUAUGGUGCUUAUCUACCCAUCUUUUACGUGCAUUUCGAAGAGCUAUGACAGUCUGCUUGGAGGUGGGUGUCUUCCAUAUUCCAAGAAAACUCAUGCAAAGCAAGAGUGGUUGGUUUCGUUUCUGUGUGACUGGAAUAGUGAAAAACGCCAUAGAACACGUGCUCCUCCUCAUAUCAAGUCCUAUUGCCGAUUGUCACCAGAUGAAAAGAAGAUUUAUUAUUUUGUUCUUACCUCUGCAAAUAUGAGCAAGGCUGCGUGGGGUCAAAGAGCGAAAUCUGGCUCACUUAAUAUACUUUCUUAUGAAGCAGGAGUUCUCUUGGUUCCUCAAAUACUGAUUGGGCAAGAUUACUUUCCGCUUGUUAAUGAUGAAGAGACAACUGGGAAAAUAUUUUCGCUGCCAUACGAUCUACCUGUCGUACCUUACAGUUACUCUGAUGUUCCUUGGUUUAUUGAUAACUUGAUGUGAGUUAUAUUGUUAUCAAUAUUAUAAACUGUUGCUUUAAAAGAUGUGCUUAUGGAUCUUUAUUUACUUUUAAUUAUUGAAGUUGUUUAAAUUAUAUUUUUUAUAAAAUACUCAUCUUGUUAAAUAUUAUAUUUUCAAUAAACUGUGU